UCACAGUAAAUCAUUGUGGCCUUAUGUUGUUAUUAUUAUUAUAAUUAUUAGUUAUUAUUUCAUUCUAUUUUACACUUUCACAAUGGCCACUAAACUGAAUCCUUUGGACGAUGAGUUUACGUUUUUUUGGGAAAGGGUAAGCUGCUUUGUGGCUCGCGAGAUUAUGUACGAGGAUAAGUGCGACUUUGUGCGUAGAGCUGUGGAUUGCAACAGGAGCACCAAUGUCGUCCCCUAUAUGUUUCUGAUGUCCUGCAAACUGCAGUGUAUCAAUGCAUUUCAGGAACAUUGCUUGUUGGCUCUCUUUGUGACAAUGUCCUUCAUGAUGCUGGCUCUACUGAUGCACGUCGUUUACAGUUACUACGGUCCUGCCCUGAAGACGGUAUCAAAGUUGAUCCACAUGAACGAACAUUUGGCCGGCGUAACCAUAUUGGCAUUUGGAAAUAGCUCCGCCGAUCUGUUCGUUCACCUGGCGAAUGUAAGGAGCAAAGUGCCUGUGUUUAGUGCCAGCAUUUGUUCGGCCCUGUUUGUGGCCAUGGUCUCCGGAGGACUCGUCUGCUACAUUAAUCCUUUCAGGAUGGAUGGCUUCGAGACAGUGCGCGAUAUUUUAUUUCUGAUUUUUGGAAUGUCUCUGGUCAAUUUCUAUUUGCUUCGCCCCAUGGAAGUGUCUGCAAUGGAGUUUGUUGGUAUGUUUAUGGUGUAUUUCCUAUAUAUACUUGUGAACAUCCUGGACUUGUACUUAAUGCGAAGGGAAAUCACAAUUUUAAAAGCUAAAAUCGAGAAACUUGAAGAAAACGACUAUAGCUUUGAAAAUGAAGUAAAAUUAUACUCUUUGAGACGGACACUAGAUCGCUUUCAGGAUCAUAAAUUGCAGAUAUAUGAAAAGAGAAAUUCUCGGGUGUCCUUGAAUAUAAUGGAUUUUGCCACCAAACGAAUGGCAACGUAUAAAAGAGUGAGCGUGAAUAUGGAGAAAAACAGGAAUAUUAUGUAUGACAUAAGACGUGGAAAAAACCACCGUCUUCUUAAAGAUUUCCUUUUGGAACUGAGGGCCAUCAAGUGCAGUGAUUGGCGAAAGGCCAAUAUGAUCGGUCGGGCCUUGUUAAUUGCCAAGGCUCCGCUCGUUUUAAUCUGCAUCCUCUACAUUCCACUAGUGGACUAUGAGAUGAAGAAGCACGGCUGGAAGAAGCUGCUAAAUAUCUUGCAUGUCGUGGUUAAUCCGUCUAUAUCCGUAAUGGUCUUCAGUUCAUUAUUAACCACUCCGUCUGACAAGCUCUGGUACAUUGAGAUGAAAAACGAUUACAAAUAUGGGGUAUACACUAUAAUGAUUACCAUGCCGUUUGCGGUGGUUAUCUAUUACACUUCACGAACCGAUAGACCGCCCCGUUACCACUGGGCAUUUGCAAUUAUGAAUUUGACCGGCUGCAUGAUACUGAUCUAUGUGUGCGCAACGGAAAUCGAUAGGGUUAUGGCAGUCGUUUCCCGUAACUUGGAAUUGGACGAGGAGUUCAUGAGCGCCUCUGUGAAAUCCUGGACAAAUAAUCUGGGUACUGUGGUCGCAAACACGGCAAUGGCCAUGUAUGGCUACCCAAAAAUGGCCUAUGCCUCGGCCAUAGGUGGUCCCAUAUUCACCCUCGUCAUGUCCCCCAGCAUUGUAUUGUUUGUUCGAAAAAUGUUAAACGAACCUGAUGAGAGCUCAACCGAAUUCGGAGAUUAUGGCCAUAAUGCCUUCUACUUUCUUUUAUUCGGUCUAUUGUGCACUUUGCUCUGGACCACGACCCUGGGAUUCUUUGCCCGACGCUCGAUGGGAAUAUUCUCGAUAACCCUAUACGUUAUAUAUAUUAUAUAUACCAAACUUAUUCAUGCUGGUGUCAUUCAUUCAUUCGGCUAUGACCGACGACUUAAGGCAGCCUUUGGUAAUCUGUAGCAUACAAUUGGACCUUAUAUCUUAAAUCUAGAGUGAAAACUAUGCUUUUUAAAUUCUUAAUUUAACAAAUAAUUUACAAAAUUUGUAUGGUGUUUAUGAAAUGUGAAAAUCUAUGUAAUAUAUGUGAUAUAUCGUCAA